AUGAAGCUGAUGAUGCUGACUUUGAUAGUCCUGAAGGUGCUAAUAUUUUUUAGCAAAGAAGUUGUUAUUGUUGCUGCUAAAGAAAUUGCAGGCUUUCUUGGUCGUAGAUCAUCUAUUUCUCUUAUUGAUGUUAUACUAGCAAGUUAUGUGAUCCUUCACAUGGAAAUCUCCAAUGUGGAGGAAUUGUCAUUGAAUAGGGAAGCACAUAUACUUCAAUUAUUUGGCGUUGCCAACUUCCAACGAACUUCUAUUCCAAAUUCAAAGGCAAUGCUUACGUCCCAGGUACAAUCCAUUUUGGUGCCCGAUGGAUCGUGA